AUGAAGAUGCGUUUAACUGUAUUUUUAAUGGCGGUAAUUUUGGUUGUAACCGUAUCGGCAGGAGGUGGUGGAGGUGGCUUUGGCGGUGGUAACCAAUGGGCCAAUAAACAAGGUGGAUAUGGUGGAGGCAGAGGUGGUUAUGGUGGCGGUGGCUCCAAUAAUCCUUGGGCGAACAAACAAAGUGGAGGUGCCUCAUAUGGAGGUGGUUUUGGCUCAAAUCCUUGGGCAAAUAAACAAGGUGGAGGAGGUGGAGGCGGCUUCGCUGGUAAACAUGGUGGCUCUGGUGGUUUUGGUGGAUAUAAUGCCGGUGGUGGUGGCGGAGGAUUUGGUGGUUUUGGAGGUCAUGGUGGAUCCAGUGGAGGUUAUGGCGGUCAUGGUGGAUCCAAUGGAGGUUUCGGAGGUCAUGGUGGUGGCAACAAUGGCGGUUUUGGUGGCAAUCAUGGUGGUUGGGGAAACAAACAGGGCGGAGGCAACCCAUGGGCCAACAAACAUGGUGGUGGCAGAGGUUCUUGGUAA